AUGCAAGCUACCGCGAGCCCCACCAGCCCGCGCCCCGGCAGCCACAUCCAGACCGGCUCCUACACCUUGCGCAAGCUGCUCUCCGACAUACCGCUCUCCGCCGACGGCAAUGACCAGGAUGUCCGCAUUACCUGCGUCGAGUUCUGGGACGAAAACUUGUAUAUAGGCACCUCUGCCGCCGAGAUCCUCCAUUUCGUCCUCAUCCCACCUGAGCCCAAUGAUCCACUCGGCCAGCCGAGCUUCAUCAUCGCCUCACGCCUGCAGCCAGCCUUCACACAACAGUCCAGCGCCGGGGUCCAGCAGAUACUGCUCCUUCCGAAGGUCAACAAAGCGUGCAUCCUCUGCAACAAUGCCCUGACUUUCUACACGCUGCCCGAGCUGAGCCCGGCCUUUGCUUCGCAGAAGCCGAUAAGCUGUGUAUGGGUCGGCGGCGUCGACCUCAACGGCUCCCCCGAAAAUGACUCGGAGCAGGGGGCCGUGAUAAUGAUGUGCCUGCGCAGCCGCAUUCAGCUCGUCAGAAUCGCCGAGGAGCCUCGCAGGAUACGGAAUAUUGAGUUCGGCGGCUGCUUGGCGACGUCACGCCGCGAUGAUUUUGCCUGUGUCGCCGACACCCACUCUUAUGCGCUUUUGGACGUAGUCCAUCAACAAAAGAUCCCGCUCUUCCCCAUUUCGUCUCUGGAUGAAGAUGCUGCCUCCACUGUCGGAGGCGCUUCCCAGGACAUAUCCAUGCAUGAGCACAGUGUUUCCAGGAGCGUAUCUUCAAGUAGCAACAUACCCAGACCCACAGAUGAGCGCGGCCACGGUCGUAGCACGAGCUGGAACGUUUCCGGCACUGGCGAGAGGUUCGCGAGUCCUAAUCCCAGGCCGUUGAGCGGCAUUGUUGGCGGGAGGUACGGUUUCGAUGCCCCCGACUUCCUGGGGAGGUCCUUUUCUCCAAGUCCUGCUCGAACGCCUGAAGGUGGAACCGCGCGCGAAGGGAGUCCAGCACCCCGUACUGCAACUCCUGACAAAGCACUUCCUCCAACCCCCGCCGAGGUCGAGGCUGCGGCAGAGACUAGUGCAGCUGGGCGCCCGUCACCGUCCGUUCAGAAGAAGGCGUUUACAACUUUGAAGCCUCAUAUAGUAUCCCCGACUCCUUCGGAAUUCCUCCUUACCACGGGGACCACACCAGAUGAGCCCGGCGUUGGCAUGUUUGUCAAUCUUGAUGGCGAUGUGGUCCGUGGAACGCUUGAAUUCGAAAGCUACCCUGAGGCACUCAUAAUCGACGGUUCAGGCAUAGAGGUAGAUCUGGCGACGUCCAUAGCCGCCUCCAUGCCGUCCGCUGAACAACCCGAGGAGGGCUACAUAUUAGCUGUCAUCAAACGCAAAACCGAGCAUGGUAUGGUCAGCGGCAUUGAGAUUCAGCGUUGGGACGUCGACCCUGGUGAGGGCAUUGCUUCGAAAGAGUGGUUGAAUCUGAGCAUGCUCUCAAGUAGCCUCGGUGAAGAAGUCCAUCACACACGUUACAGCAGCCAAGCACUUGGUAUUAGGACUGUCACGUCUGAAACUGAGGUAAACUUGUCGGAAAUCAGUGACAUCCUCUCCUUGAGGCGUCUUCAUUUGCGUGCAAGGAGAAGAGGCGGAUCCAUAUCUGUCUCUGCAUCUGAACAGAUCGAUCUCGACCAGAAGGUCGAGGCUGAUAAGGAGCGAGAUGAAGUCGCCUUCACCAGCCGCCUCUGCAAAUUCAAGUCACAUAACGUUUUGUGGAACAACAACGAGGUGUGGUGGGUGGUGCGAAAUCCUCUCAUCGUGCAGCUCGAUGCAAAACUUAAGCUCGCUCAAUCCUCUACCCCAGGUAGCAGUCAGAUUGAGCCUAAUUUUGAGGAUGUGGUGUAUCUCUUGAACAGCAUCCGCGGCCUUGAACCUCGCAACGAAGCCGAAUUCCUGGGUUUCACCUACAUUCGCCAGAAGGCGUCUUUACUACUCUUCAUGGAUCUCAUUCUCCGUACCGAAUCGGGUACUUUCGCUUACGAAAUCAACAAGCGCACUUCUGAGGAGGCUCUUGGUGAGGGAGAGAUUGAUCCCCGCAUCAUUCUCGCUUUGUUGCCGAUGCUCAACGGCGAAGUCAUUCAGGGUGAGAAGGGGAUAUGGGUCCAGGGAGGCCUCAAGGAUGUGGUUGAGAAGUUCUUGGCCCAGCAGAACCCUUCCAAAUUCCCGACCGAUCCUGCCGGACCAUUUGGUGAUAACCUGCUCCAACUCACGAAGAGAUACCUUCUGAUGUGGAGACGCAAGAAAGGGUUCGGCAGCGUUGCAGACGAAGAUGAAGUAUUCCAAACAGUGGAUGCAGCGCUCCUGAAAAUCCUUCUACUGUUGGACAGUCAAGGCCAGGUGGGACCCGCGACACCCGGAUCCGUUCGCGCAGAACUCAACGCGCUGGUCGAUAACGGUGUGGAUUGCUGGGAUCGGGCAAUUGAGCUGCUUGAAGAACACAAACGACUCUAUGUCUUGAGUCGCUUGUACCAAAGCCGCAAACAGGCAGCAAAUGUCCUGGGGACAUGGAGGCGCAUCCUGGACGGCGAGCCCAACCUUGGGGGUGACUUCCUCGACGCGGAGCAGGAAUUCCGCAAGUACCUAGGCAGGAUUAGGGACCAGGCAAUGGUCGAAGAGUACGGAACAUGGCUUGCCAAUCGUAAUCCCAAGCUGGGAGUUCAAGUUUUUGCGGACGAGGGCAGCCGGGUCAAGUUCAAGCACGAGGAGGCCGUUGCAUUACUCAAGGAAAAGGCACCUGCUGCAGUCAAAGAAUACCUGGAAUAUCUUGUGUAUGGGAAGAAGCAAACACAAUACGCCAACGACCUCAUUUCCUACUAUUUGGACAUUGUGGUUGCCGAGCUGAAACGAUCUGAAGAGUCAAAGGCCACGCUCUUGCAGACUUACGAAACCUACAGAGCGUUGCGACCACCGAAACCAACUUACCGACAAUUCAUCACAGAGAAUGCUCUGGAUGCUGAGUGGUGGGAUAGCCGGCUACGCCUCCUUCAGCUCUUAGGAACGGGGCAAGAUGCAGCAUCUUCUUACGUCGUUGCCGACAUCCUCACGCGCCUCGCCCCUUAUGAACAGGAGCUCGUCCCAGAGAUGAUUAUUCUAAAUGGCCGACAAGGCCGUCACGAACAGGCAAUUCGCCUUCUCACACACGGUCUCGGCGACUUCGACACGGCCAUCAGCUACUGCCUUCUCGGCGGCUCUAGCAUCUACCGGCCACCGGGCACUCGCGGAAUCCCCGCAGACGAGCUUCCCACGCACGCUGAGCAGGCACGCUUGUUUGAAUACUUGUUGCAUGAGUUCCUGCGUAUCGAGGACAUCACCGACCGCGUAGAGCGCACGGGAGAAUUGCUGGAGAGAUUUGGGGGUUGGUUUGAUGUGCAGCAGGUGUUGGGCAUGAUCCCUGAUAGCUGGUCGAUUGAGAUUUUUUCAGGCUUUUUGAUUAGCGCGUUGAGGAGGCUUGUAAGAGAAAAGAACGAGACGAGCAUCGCCCGCGCGCUGAGUGGGGCUAACAACCUUCGGACGAGCGCGGAAGUAAUUGAGAAGGUGGAAGCGCUGGGAGCGAGGGUAGAGCAAGACGGAGGAGGCGGGGGGCGCGGAGAAGAGAUUGCGGGGUAG